UGCCGUUCCAGCACCAACGAAUCGCCUUACGCCGCUUUCCAACACUAAUUCACUUGCUCCGCCGGACAUUCGUUAAUUAUUUUUAAGAUCGCCAUAAAGAUGUCCUUAUUACGCAGUGCUACUGGUUUCCUGGCGCUCACGAGGUCGCUCGGAGCCCCACCAACAGUGCAAACACGCCGCCACAUUAAGCGAUGGGUUUCGCCGACGUUACGUGAGCUAGCCCACCGACAAAAGAAACUGGGCCCACAGAAGCCGGAGCCGCGUUCCGGAUUUGUGGAGUGGAACCAGCGCUCAGAGCUGUUCGCCUUCGGCAAGCGAUUGGGUGAAUCCUUUGAAAUGGCCUUGCUGCAACGCGCAUUCACAGAGAGAUCCUUUGCCCAGCGCGAGGAGGAAAAACGACGCAAGCUGGGCAUCGAGGAGGCAGACCUGCAGAUGACGGACAAUAGCGAUCUGGCCAAGAAGGGUCAGGUCAUUGCCCGAGCCUACGUAGAAGCUUUUCUCCAGCACCAAUUACCCAAAGUCCCAAAAGAAGGACUCCAAGCUAUUGCCAGCUACUUGCUAAGCACGAACACUCUGGCACACGUUUCCACCCAUCUGGGCACAAAGGACCUGAUCCACUCCACGGAGUACCCGCCAUCAGCUGAAAGUCUGGCCCAAUCCCUACAGGCGGUGAUCGGAGCACUAGCAGAUUCCAGCGGCGUAGAGCGAGCUUUCCUUUUCGUGCGAGACUUUAUCUGCACUCAGCUGAACCAGAAAGAUUUGCUUGAUGUGUGGACUCCGGAGGAACCCCUGCAGCUGCUCGAAAAAAUCUGCCAGGAGCGAAAGCUGGGCGAAGCUGAGCCACGCCUGAUUGGAGAUUGCGGAAAAAAUACUGUUCUGGCCGCUUACCAAGUGGGCAUCUAUGCUAAUCGCCAGCUGCUGGGCAAGGGAUUUGGCGAAGACCUGCGAACGGCUACAGAGACGGCAGCCAUUGACGCCUUGCAGAGCCUCUUCGACACCCACGACAACCGGAGACCCUUCGAUUUCGGAGUUCAGCUGGAAACCAAAAACGUGCGACUGGGCUAAGGAACGGAACAACUCUGCGUCCUUGUUGAUUUUUGUAAUUUGCACUAAACACAUGUACGCAUGCAUUGUCAGAGAA